CAUGCAAUUACUAGAUGUUAGCGAGAUAAUAGAGGAAGCUCUUCAUCUUUUUACUUCCGGCCCUAAAGAGGAUAAGAGCACUCCAAUUCCAAAACACGCGCCUAACCACACAAUAGCAGAAGCCCUUCCAGAUAAAGAAACUAAGACGGAUAAUAUCCUUCCAACGCUAGAACUGUUCCAGCAAACUUCCGAACAAACAGAAUUAGUAGCGUGUAAGCAGCGAGUGCCAGAAGAUCAGGAUCUAGACUAUCCUUCUUCCGCUCAGCAGAUAUUGGAUCGCAACAAGGAAAACCGUCUUCAACUAUUACUUCCACAAUAUUCAGGAUCUACGCAAGAACAUUACGUUGCAAGCACUAACACAUUGUCGCCUACCCAACAUCCUCCAUUAAUAGAUCGAGACGCACCCGGUUCAGAACCUAGUACUUUUGCAAGGCUAAUUAUAAUCAACAAGGAUAAGCCACUGCAAGAUGCAGACAAAGACGUUGCUAUAGCAGAUCACACUCCUAGCAGCAAUACUAAACAUAGCGACUUGCGUUGGCCGAAAAGAACCUAUAAAGACGUAGUAGAGUUGCGCCAGAGUUACUUACGUAUCUCGGGCAAACUCUAUAAAGUAGUAACGUUAAGCAAUAAGAGAAAGCUUGUAAUAAAGCUAGGUAAGAGUAUGCUUCAGUUCCAGAACAUAUUACGUCAGUUAACAGGGACAGAAGUUAAGCCUAAGGAGGAUAGAAGUAACAAGGACUAUGCUACUGCAAUGUAAUAAUAGGUAGCUCAGUAGAACAUUUUUUCCGGAUUAAUCUAGUUAAUAAACAUGUA